AUGAUUGAUCUGACAAUACCCCCACGCUUACCUCCUGAGGCAGUUGAGCAGCUGAAAUUGGUUAUAGCGGACUUUGCGGAAGGAAAUCUGACACAUAAGGGCUAUCUAUCAAAACGACAGUAUAUAAUCGAGUCUGCUCAGCAGCUAACGCCCACUUCAAAAGAUACGGUAAGUGUUGUAAGUUUGCCGCAUUCGAGCGGUAGUAUAUCGGUGGCACAGUCACAGCGCCAAUCUCAACUUAUGUCAUCACCUGUUUCAGCAGUUGAAAGUCGGAAUCGGUCUAUAAUGUCAACUUACCGAUCGCAAGCGGCCAACGAGUAUUCAUCCUAUGACACGGAGCCAGGCUACAGUGUUACUACUUCCAACUCGCAGCGUCACUCUCAAAACCAGGGGGGAUUGAGAAAUUCAUGCCGAUAUAAACUGAAAUGCAAAGACGGCACGUACAAGCCGAUGAUGCCGUUACUGCCGAGGGUAGUACCCCAGCAGCAUUUUACGACUGAGUCCUUGCCAUUCAUUCUACGCUCAAGAUCUAGGCUGUAUCACCGUGAUGUUGCUAUGAUUGGGGUUAAUGCAAGGGGCAAGGAGACGAGCAUAACAUGGGAGAAAUUGUAUUUGAAGGCGGAAAUGGUGGCGAAUAAGUUAGGGAGAUCGGGCAUGUACAGCAUGGACAAGGUACUGUUAUGGUAUGAGAGUGGGGAUGCGAUCGAGUUUGCUGUGGCGUUAUUUGGCUGUUUUAUCGCGGGCGUAACAGCCGUGCCAGUAUCGCUGGAAAUAUACACACUGGUUGAGAUUACUGAAAUUGUUAAGCUGACGAACUCUAACUUUGUUUUAAUAUCAGAAGAAUGCUUUAAGCAAAUUGAAAACUUGCAUACAGAGACGUCGAAGCUGAAUCUACUAAAAAGCGGCCUCUUCAACAAUAUUACGUUCUUGAAGACAGAGGACUUGGGGAUGUAUACGAAGGCCAAGAAGUCCGCGCCUACCUUUGAUAUACCGAAGGUGUCCUAUAUUGAAUUUACCAGAACACCGUUAGGAAAGUUAUCUGGUAUCGUUAUGAAACAUAAAGUACUAGGGAGGCAGUUCGAAAAUUUUGCUGAUAUUUUGAAUUCUAGGUCUAAUGGUGCUUGGAAAAAGGGAGAUGUUCGUCGCCCAUACUCGCAAGCUAGCAAAUCUGCACAUCCUUAUGUUAUUUUAUCCAGUUUAGACCCAACACGAUCCACCGGCCUAAUUUUGGGGAUAUUAUUCAAUGUUUUCAGUGGAAACUUGUUACUUUGUUUGCAUCCGAGCGUAUUAAGGAAGCCUGGCGGUUAUGAAUCUAUAAUUAACAAAUACAGGGCUGAUAUAUUGCUGAAUGAUCAGCUAUUGUUGAAACAGGUUGUUAUUAACUACUUAGAAAACCCAGAAGUUACAAUUUCCAGAAGAUUUCGAAUUGAUUUCAGUUGCAUUAAAUGGUGUGUAACUUCGUGUACGACAAUUGAUACCGAGGUGAGCGAUAUGAUUGUUCACAAAUGGUUAAAAAACUUGGGCUGUGUGGAUGCUGCGCAAGCGUAUUCACCAAUGCUGACACUUUUAGACUUUGGAGGUGUUUUCAUAUCGGUACGUGAUCAGAUAGGCAAAGUAGAUCGCUUUCCCAUGCAUGAUACAAAACAUAUAUUACAAGAUGAUGUUUUCAUUGAUAAAGAAAAGUUGAAGGAUGGAAUUGUCCAACCCAGUAUCUUUGCUAUGAUAAAUCCCUCUAGUUCUACAAAGGACUACCUUCGCCUUGCUACAUUUGGAUAUCCUAUAAUGGACGCAUACGCAUGUAUUGUUGAUCCUGAUACAAAAAUUUUGGUAGAAGAUUUAACGGUUGGUGAAAUUUGGAUUUCAGCUCCUAGUGUGACUGACGAGUUUUACCAUAUGGAUAAGCUAACAGAGUUUGUGUUUAACGCCAAGCUCAAUUUCAAAAACAUGAUUUCCCUUCUUGAGUCGACUGAACCUAACUGUUCUCAAGAUACAUAUUUAGCUAAUAUGGAUAGGUUGACGGCUAUUAUGUCUGUAAUAUCUCCUGACACUCCAUUUUUGAGGACCAAAAUAGUUGGGUUCAUACACAAUGGUAAGAUCUAUACACUAUCUUUGAUUGAGGACAUGUUUCAGCAGAAUAAGUUAAUCAGGCUGGGAAAUUGGGCGCAUACAUCUGACCUCAGUAGGGGAAUAAAAAUACAACCAAAGCCUGAUAAUGCAAGUGUUAUAACUGAUAAAAGGUCAUCUGCCUCUUUAGAAUCUAAUAAUCGGGUGGUACAGAUCUUUUACUUUCAGCAUAUAAGCGAAAAUUUGGUUCGAGCAGUAGAUAAGGUUUCUGAAGUUGCUGCAUUUGAGAUGCCGACUAGAAAUGAUGAACAUCUAUUGGUUAUAGUAGUUGAGAGCCCCCUAGUGGGGAACUCUUUAUCUGCUGCUGUAAAUAUUAUCGGCGAAAAUGGAGCUAAGUCAGAUAAAAAAUCAAACAUGGAACAGAGAUUGAAUACACUUACAGACGAGAUAUACAAGGUUUUAUGGAUCUUGCACAGGAUUCAACCUUUCUGUUGUUUAGUUGCUCCACCUGGCUCUUUGCCACGAAGAUAUUGCUCUUUUGAGAUAGCGAAUAGAACUGUUGAAAAGAAAUUUCUCAGUGGUUUACUUGAAACUAAAUUUGUCAAAUUCCAGUUGGACAAUCUCAUUUUAGAUUUCGUACCACAUUCACAUUACUAUAAUGAGAGCAUAUUCUCAGAGCGACUUUCGAAAUUGAGGCAUGAUGCGAUCGGAAGACACAUAUUAUACCACUAUAAUGUUCCUCCAGAAAAGACUUGGCAAACAACAGGUGUUAAUUACAAGGAAAAAUCAUUUGAUGAUAGAACUGGGGUAGAGAUCACAAAAUUUAGUACAAUAUUGGAUAUAUUACAAUGGAGAGUUGACAGUCAGGAAAAUGAUUUUGCUUACGGCAACGGGUGCACAUAUAACACUGUAACUUCUACUGCCAAUCAGAAUAGGAAAUUCUCUUGGCAAUUAUUUGACUCAUUAAUUGCUUCUUAUGUGAAGAAGAUUGUUGAUUCUAAAACUCCGUUGAGGAGAGGUGAUUACGUGAUAGUCAUGGCGGACAAUAAGGUUGAAUAUGUGGCAAUGAUUAUGGCAUGCUUUUCUUGCCGUUUAAUUGCCAUUCCACUACCACUCCUAAAUGAUCAGUAUAGUUCAGAGGAGGCGAACUUUCUAAUAAGUGUCAUUAGGAGUUAUAACGUACAAAGAAUAUUUGCUGACUAUAGGGCUCACGCAAUUUUGGAACAGAAUGCUCAAUUGGGCGUUCAAUUAAAGAAAUACAAAAAUUUACCAAAGGUCACAGUUUUUAGUAAGUUGACACCAAGGGCUGGCUACAGUGUUAGAGGAUAUCAGAAAAUCUUGCUCGAAAGGUAUGGUCCUAUUAUGAAAGAUGACAUUUGUACCGUAUGGAUUGAUCGUGAGCAUGAUGCUGUCACUGAUUUAAAUGUUGUGAUGUCUCAUGGCUCGCUGCUUAUGAUGUGUAAGGUUUUGAAGGAAACCUUACAUAUGUCAAGCGAUAAUCCAUUGUUUUCCAUGUGUUGCUAUACUGUUAACAUAGGUUUUCUCUACAGCUGUAUGCUUGGAAUUUAUGUUGGUACGACAACAAACUUAUUCAGCCCCACUGAAUUCAAUUCUAAUCCUAAUGAGCUGCUUGUUGGCUUACAAAAUACCAACGUCAAAGAUAUAGUCCUUACUCCAGAUAUUUUAUACAUCAUAAUGGACCGUGGAACAAAUAUUAUUGAAAAACAGAAAAAGUUUUUGUUUCCUAAUAACAAGACCAAGAACUCCAAGGCAAUCUCUGCUGGCCUUCAAACCCAUUUUUUACAGGAUAUUCAUAAUAUUAUGAUACCUUUCCGUGGGAGGCCCAGGUUUCAGCCUAUAAAAGCUUUAUUAGAAAAAUAUCCCCUUGCAGGCGUAUCACCAAUUCAACUUAACUACGUGUACCAGCAUCACUUCAAUCCUUUUAUUUCAUUGCGUUCCUACAUGGGUAUUCCGCCUGUUGAUAUAUAUUUGGACCCUGUUUCUUUACGUGAAGGUGUACUCCGUGAAAUGGAUCCAAAUACGAUAGAGGGUGAUAGCGUAAAGUACACUAUACACCUACAAGAUUCUGGGAUUGUUCCUGCAUGCACCGAAGUCUCUAUCGUAAAUCCUGAGACAAUGCAACCCUGUUAUGAAAAUGAAAUAGGUGAGAUUUGGUGCUGUUCUGAGGGAAACAUUUUUGAUUAUGCAAUUGGCGAUCUUUCAAGACCCUCAAACCCUAAGUUGCAAGAAAAUGUGAAGAACGGAUUUACGAGAAACGAAUUUAUUAACCGGCAGUUAAGGGCUAAAAUGCAGACUAAAGAUAAUGGAUUAUCAUAUUUAAGAACUGUGGACCUAGGUUUUAUUAAAAAGGUUAUCAAGGAAGAUGGAGAUGGAAAAACAAAGGAAUACUCAGUAUUAUAUGUUCUCGGAAGCAUCAAUGAGACAAUUGACAUACUUGGAUUGACCCAUUUUGUAAUUGAUUUAGAAGGUACGGUAAGAAAAGCUCAUCAGAGCAUUCGGAAUUGCAUGAUAUCUAAGUGUGGUGGAUUACUAUGCUGUCUAGUUGAAUGUAAUCCACGAAUAGAAACACCAGAAUAUUCGUCAUUAACCCCUUUGAUUGUUAAUUUACUAUUUAUUGAGCAUGGAAUUAUUCUUGACCUGUGUUGUUUUGUUAAGCCGAACUCUAUGAAAUACAUGGUUAAGGACUGGCAGAUAAACAGAAUGAGAAUAUUAGGUGAUUGGCUAGCGGAAAAAUUAGAUAUAGAGUCACAGUUUGGUGUCAAUAUUGGGGAAAAUAACUCCAUAUAUUUGCUUUCUGACUUUGAGAACAAUAGAUCCAGUAAUGUUCGAACAUAA